GUAGAAGGUGUAACAAUGACCGUUUUGGAAAGAAUUAAAUCUUGCCAGGCUCCGGCACUGCAUCUCGGCAAAAGAGGUUUUAAAGACGAAUCUGUAACAAUCUGCUCGGUGCUCUGCGAGAACACAAUUCUUAAUAGCGCUGACAAGACAAUAUACAAAAGAAUGGAUCAUCAAUACCUGAGGUUUCUGAACGAUAUUGCGAGCGAAAGAAAGGAGUCUCUACUGAGGGUGACUUUUAACGAACAGAACGAAUCUGCCGGCAUAAUCAAGAUGGGAGGUGGAAUGCCAAAUCCCAAGUUAUCCCCCAUUCGAGAAGGAUCACUGACGCUGGCUGACGGACGGAUGAUAACUUUGAAUGAGCCUCUGAUGGAGGAGGCACUGCAAUACGGCUCCAGCACCGGUUAUGGACCUCUGAUGAAGCAAAUUGAAUCUUUAACCCAGAGAUUUCAUGCGCCGCCAUGUUGGCCUAACACCAUGAUGUUUGUGACAGCUGGGAGCCUAAGCGGACUUUCUUUGGCAAUAGAAGCGAUGAUCAGCAAAGGCGAUUAUAUCAUUAUAGACAACCCUUGCUACCCUGGUACCCUGGCCAUUACGGAUCCUUACAAGCCUCGUUACCUGGGCGUAGAGGCUGACGCUGACGGAAUGAACCCAGAAAGUCUGAGAUCUGUUCUCUCCCCCUGGAAUCCACAAAAGGCACGAGAGGCUACUCACGGGGUUCCUAAAUUCCUUUAUACGAACCCAAAUGGGUGUAACCCAACUGGAGGAGUCACCACGACCGAGAGAAAGAAGGAGAUCUAUAAGAUUGCCAGCGAAUACAACAUCAUCAUCUUAGAAGACGACCCCUACUAUUUUCUCCAGUUCCGUGACCAAAAGGAUUUUCCUCCGAGCUACCUCAGCCUAGACGUCGACGGGAGAGUCAUUCGCUUUGAUUCCUUCUCGAAGUCACUAAGCGCUGGGCUGAGGGUUGGAUACAUAACGGGGCCUCAGCCUCUGAUAAAGAGGCUGAACUACCACCAGCAGUGCUCCGUUUCCCAUGCUUCAAUGCUCUCACAGGUUAUCAUAAGUGAAAUUCUGAGACUGAUGGGCGAGGACGGAUUCCUGGAACACGUGAGGAAAGUUCAGGAAUUCUACAGGAGCCAGAGAGACAAAAUGCUGGACGCAGCUACCAAACAUCUCUCUGGUCUGUGUCAAUGGGAUGUUCCAGCAGGAGGGAUGUUCUUCUGGAUGAAGGUGGUGGGAGUGAAAGACACACUGAAACUGACGAAAAAACUGAGUGAGACCAAAAGAGUCAUCGUGAUACCAGGCGUAGGAUUUCUGCCCCAAGAAAACCAGGCUUCGCCUUACAUAAGGAUCUCUUUUUCCACGGCUACCAAGCAGGAAAUGGACGAGGGAUUUCGCAGAAUAGCCGAACUGCUUAAGGAAGAAGCGGCAGUGAAUAAAUAAGGGGUGACAAUGCCAAGAACUCGCCUAAUUUCUGAGCAGAAGGAAAACUACAGAAACGUCAUACAUAUAAACAGGAAAAACUUACCUUUAAUUACACGUGAGGGACAUCUAUUGAUGGAACUCCUUGACAUCACAUCACUGUCCGACAUUAUUUUUCGUUAGUUCUGAAAUGUGGAAACCAGAGAAAAAAUGACUGGGUUUUCUAAUUAUGAAAGAAAGAUGUAUCACUUAUAUACAGAAAAUGCAAACAAUA